AUGUUUCACGACAUGGCAGGCCCUAGUAAAUCUUCAUACUAUGGGAAUAUGAACGAGUUCUAUCCUUCGAGCUUUAAUGACUAUCCGAGUGAUAUCAAUGCGUCUCUUGAUUUCGAUCACGCUCCAUCUUCGGAAUUUUACCUCAGCCACGAAAUGUUUUUCAUUCCUCAGAUGCUUGGUGAACAGCCUUACCUUUCCCAGCCUCUAUUUACCGGAGUGGCGCCUAUAUACGAACAAUUACAGCCUCGAUCAAUUGUUACUAGUAGUACUGAAGCCAAAUCUAGCAAUAAAGCACAGCCCUCGAGGGUGCUGGAUGGGAACUCUAGAAAAAUUGCCCCAGAGUCGCAGAAAAGCCUGGGAUAUUCAAAAAGCCAUCAGGUGAUGGAAGGAGAAUAUUAUGAGCAUGGUAGUAAUGAGAACCUAGAGCAUUCCCGUAAGAAACGAAGACCUUCCGAAGACAAGAAGAGGCGAGUAUCAAACAUACCACAGGCAAAUGUCUUCAAGCUGGAUUUGAGUAUCCCUUUGAGUUCUCAGCCCAAGUCGCAGCUGGUAGCAUCCCAAGAGUCUUUGAGCUCAGUUUUUCAGGUGAAUGCAAAUCAACCACCAAAGCGCAAAGCUCGUAGCGCUUUUACACCACAGGGGAAAAAGAAGGUGGAGGCGGUAAGGAAUGUCGGUGCUUGCAUUCAAUGCAAGUUUAGAAAACGAACUUGCGGAACAAGCGAGCCUUGUAUGUUAUGUGUUCGAAGGGCUGGAAGUGUGGAGUCCGCAGCAUCUUUGUGUACAAGAGAAUCACCUUUCGUUGAACUCUCGAUAAGUGAAUGUAAGAAGUCCACCUUUGUGGGAAGCCUACGAUACUGA